UAGGAUUUUAGUUAAAGGUUCCUCACUUUAGAUGUCAUUUUGGAACUGUUUUCCUGAAUGUCUUCCCCUCCCUCAUUCAUUCAGCACUGAUCACAAACACUCAUACGUACUCAUCAUGUUAACACCGUAGCCAAUGCCCCUCUGUCUGACAUUGGUUGAUCCAAUUUAGGGAUCUCUCCAUCUAGAGUUAGCUUGUUUUGACCAGCCUGCAAGGCACCAUGGGAGGCAGGGAGCUUAGGUCGACUGGUAAGCAGCAGGGGUAUAAAACGCAGCUCUCAGAGCAGCGCUAAACAACUUCAGAGGCUUAAUACCAACGUUUGGUUCUAUAGCUCAGGGAGCCACUGCCACUACACUUUUAAAAAAAACAAAAAACUUUUGAACUCCUUUCCUGCAAACAUGGUUCUGGAGGAUUCUGACGUGGAAAUGAUGGUUGCUGAGAUUGAAGUCAGCGAGCACGAUGUGGAGACUCCUUAUGGAAGAAUUCACUGUACAAUGAAGGGGGUUCCCAAGGGUGACAGACCAGUCAUCCUCACCUUCCAUGACAUUGGACUGAACCACAAAACCUGCUGGGACACGCUCUUCAACCACGAAGACAUGUCGGAGAUCAUGCAGCACUUUGCCGUGGUUCACGUUGACGCCCCCGGGCAGCAUGAGGGAGCUAACACCUUUUCCACUGGAUACGAGUACCCUUCCAUGGACCAGCUCUCUGAGACCCUCCCACUGGUGUUGAAGCACUUUGGGCUGAAGAGUGUUCUCGGUAUGGGCAGCGGAGCCGGGGCCUACGUUCUGACCAGAUUCGCUCUGGACUACCCGAACAUGGUGGAGGGGCUGCUGGCCAUCAACAUCAACCCAUGUGCUGAGGGAUGGAUGGACUGGGCUGCACACAAGAUCACCGGCUGGACCAGCGCCAUGCCCGACAUGAUCAUCGGCCACCUCUUUGGAAAGGAGGAGAUCCACCACAACCAAGACCUGAUCGGAACAUACCGCCACCACAUCUUAAAUGACAUGAACCAGUUUAACCUGCAUCUCUUUGUCAAGGCCUACGAAAGUCGGAGGGAUCUGGAGAUUGAGAGGCCGAUCCCUGGAAGCCACGUCAGAACCCUCAAGUGCCCUUCACUGCUGGUGGUUGGCGACAGCUCUCCUGCUGUGGAGGCCGUGGUUGAGUGCAACACCAAGCUGGACCCAACAAAGACUACCCUGCUUAAGAUGUCUGACUGCGGAGGCAUGCCCCAGGUCGACCAGCCUGCCAAACUCACAGAAGCUUUCAAGUACUUCAUUCAGGGCAUGGGACACAUGCCUGCCGCCAGCAUGACCCGCUUGGUCCGUUCCCGCACCGCCUCCGGCUCCAGCGUCACCUCCUUCGAGGGCAACCGCUCCCGCUCCCACACCACCGAGGGCAACCGCAGCCGCAGCCACACGUCCGACAACCAGCGCGGCCGCUCCCACACGAGUGGUUCCAUGGACGGCACAGGCAACAGCAAUGUGGACCAAGCCACGCCUAAGUCCACCGAAGUGUCCUGCUAAAGUGAAAACCUUCACUCUCCGGGCACCCAAAACCCUGUCAAGGUCCCUUCGGUCUGUGCUGCGCUGCCUCUAACUGACACACACACACAUUCUUACGCACACACACACACACCGAUGUGGAGAGGGACACUGAGAUAGCAUACUUGGUAUUGUAAAAAAACGCACAAUGGACUCUCGCCUGCAGACCGUGCAGCUGAGACGCCCCAAUUAGAAAUUAAGAUGUCUUUUGAGUGGGAGGUCAGGGUCAACUGUAUCCCUGUUUUGUCUUUCUGUUGAACAUACCUGAACAGAAAACGCUCCUGAGCUCCAUGGUCAGGUGAGUGUGUUGUUAGGGGCAACGCAGCAUCUGGGGACACCGAAGUAGAGAAUGUCGGAGAAAGCUGUGGCUGCCAGUACACCAGCUUGUACAUGUAUCUCUCAUAAUCUCUUACAUAUAAAAAAACAUUCUAAUUUCCAUUUCUGUGUUCCCUCAUCCCGUUUUUAUCCAUUUUUACCAUAUUGACACAGCUUUCUCAAAUAUACCUGACUGUAAAUGACUGUUUUUUUUCUGUUCUCACUGUAAUUGUUUGAUCAUUUACUCUUUAUUUUCCAUAUCUGAGGUGUUGUCGUUUGUACGUAGGAGCACAUUUUGUGGACACAUGUGGAGAGAGAGAACGGGGAGGCACUUGGUUGAAUAAACUUUGUAACUUUGAAAAUUAAGGGACAGCAAAUUUUGUUUCACUGUGCAAAUAUCACAUUGUUAAACUUAAAGAAUGAUCAUUUUUUUUUAGUACAUUUCAUAUGAUUUGUCACGAAUCACAAACACUCUGAAACACAACAUUCAAAAGCUUUUACAUUGUAUGCUUUAUUAAUGGAUCAUGGCUUCAGACAUAAAGUAUUUUCUCUUUUUUUACAAUUAUUUCUAUGCAAUCAAGCACAAUGGAACAAAGAUGUGCCAUGGAAUUGUUCUUUUCUUUUUUAGACGUGAUGCUCCUAUGUGGUUGUGGAUUUUUGGGUGAGUGAUAGGUUUGAUAGGUCCACAUGUUAACAUGAGGAUAGCCAUAGAACUUACCUGACACCUUUUACUCCCGUAUUUUACUUUUGCACUACGGCAACACUUUUGCUUUGUAGAACACAUACACAGCUUUGUAAAGAUGCGAUGCACAACUGUCUAAUGCUGUAGAAAAGCAUUAAAAUGACAUAACAGUUUGUAUUUAUUAAAAAAAUGACAAUAAAAAAAA